AUGACAGUUGAAUCGUCGGUAUCUGAACAGCAACGUGCCAUUGUCGAACUUUAUCUCCAUUCGAAAUGGAUUAAAGGAAGUAUAGCACUUGAAGAUGACAAUUUAUUGAUCGAAUAUGCUAACAAUAAACGUAAUCAACAAGUGUUAAUUGAUGAAUUGCAUAAUCAUACUAAUAUAUCUAAUACUCAUGAUACAUCAGAUACUGUUAACAACAAUCAAAAACGUUUAGUAAAAAUAGUUAAACCAGACAAUGUUGGACUUGGAAUCAGUAUCAAAGGUGGACGAGAAAAUCGAAUGCCUAUACUAAUUAGUAAAAUAUUUCCAAAUUUACCGGCUGCUCAAAGUGGACAACUUCACAUUGGUGAUGCUAUACUUUCAGUUAAUGGCAAAGAUUUACAACAUGUUUCUCAUGAAGAAGCUGUACAAAUAUUGAAAACAGCAGGAAGAGAAGUUGAAAUGGAAGUUCGAUAUCUACGAGAAGUGAAUAAUGCAAUUCAAAAGCAACAUCAACCAUCUGAAAAUAAUCUAAUUGGAUCCAACGGCAACCGCAAUAUUUCAGCUUUAACUCAUCAUUCAUCAAACGAUUCAAUUUUCUAUGAAACAAAACGAAUACCUCUUCGUUUAUGUUAUGUCUUUCGUCGUUCAUCAUCAGCUACUGAUAUUCUUGUUUUAUCAUCUUCAACAUUGCCUCCAACAACAGCAGCACCUCUAUUAACCAACAAUACAAAUGGUUCAGUGUUAGAUAUAGUUUUACCUCAUAUACAAACAUGUUAUAGUCUACGUUUUGUUGAUGAUAUGUAUGCUCGAAGAUGGUUUUAUAUACUUCAUUCAAAAAUGUCUCGUUACCUUUUGGAAGUUUUACCCGAGAUUGAAGAGCAUCUUAUUAUUACACGAAAUUCAAAUGGAAUAAAAGCGUUAGGAUGGUUAACCGAACUUGUUAAUCAUAAUGAAACAACAACAAUGAAAUCCUGGCGACCUGUUUUUCUUGUUUUAACAGAUUCCGAAUUAUGUUUUUUCUAUUCUUCACUUAUAUCAAGACAAACAUGUCGCGAAUUAGAAAUAGCCUAUCCUAUACUUUCGAGCAGAUUCAUUCAAUCUCAUUGUGAUUCAUCGAUUGAUAUUGAUACAUCAUUGUUGUUAUUUCGUACUGGAACAAAAUUUGGUAUUGUUACGCAUACAUUUCGAAGUCAAACAAAACUCGACUUAGAUUAUUGGAUUACAAGAACAAUUCAAUGUUUACAAAAUGCUGUUAUUCGAACAAAAGAAGUCAUUUUCCCUUGUAAAUGGAAUAAUCGCACAUGCAAAUUGUAUUUACAUUAUGAAAAUGGUUUCACAUUAUAUACGGAUCCAGCAAAUAGUUGUUCUCAAGUACGCUUACUGUGGCGAGAACCAUUCGAAAAACUUCGUCUAUCAUCGGAUGACAAUGAUCAUCUGCUUAUGUUAGAUUUUCACGGAGAAGAAGGUGUAAUGCAACUAUACUUUGGCACAUCACCCAAACCAUUUGUCUUCCACUUGCACGCAUUUUUAUCCACUAAAGCAUUACGCGCUGGUAUCAUCAGAUAA